AUGGAGGCGAUAGUGGAGGCUCUCGGGCAGCUUCUGCCCAAGGGUAUCGUCUUCGACUCGCCUACCAUCUACGCCGAGGUCGCCAAACUACCAGUCGUGCCACUGGAGGACAUUCAUCGCCACUGGAAAACAUACACUAGGACGCACAAAAGCCUGCACGAUCCAACUGCCUGUCGCCUUGAGAACUUUUGGUGGCACGUUUGGGGUAGUGACAGGCGGAGUUUGAGUGGCAAGACACUCGCAAGAAUAUGGGAGGAUAUAGCUUCAGGGCCAACCUUUGUUCCUCUCAGGGGGCCUCCAAACCGUUGGGAACCACCUCCAAAGCCUACACGAAGUAUGCAUGAGUCUGACUCCGCACCACCACCACCGCAAGUCUACGCAGAGGCUGGCCAGACAAAUGAGUUGCCGUCGAGCAUUGCAAAGGGAGCAAUCUAUGGCUUGACACCAUCCUCAUCACGGCCCCCGCCAGCCCAUACAAUUUUGAAGAAGCCUAGAGGGCCUUCAAAUUCCGGCCCGAGACCGACCGCACGAUUCGUCGACGUUCCUGAUUCGGAGGAUGAAACAUCGCAGCAGAGCGGAGAAAACAACGUUGGGGUUUCCGCGAAGAAGAAAUCUGACAUUCGUUCAUCAUCCAGCUCCAUCUCACCAGCAAAAGUGGAUAGAAAGACUGCGCCAAAGAAGUUCGUGGCUUCGUCCACUGCGUCAAAGAGACGCCCAGUUUUACCAAGGAGACAAAGCUCACAGUCAUCAACCGGUUCCGUGAACGCUUCUGACUCUAGCUCGCGAGAUACAGGUUCUGCCUCGAGGAACGCACCGAAUCAGCAGGCAUCCACCGUGGGUAGCAAGGAUUCUAGCCCGUCUAAACGACCGAACGGACUAGGUCUCCCAAUGCAUACGGCAGAGCCAGCAUCCCGCACCAAAGUACAGGGAAAGCGGCCACAUGCCCCCAAUACAGGGAGGGAAUCUGCAUUGGCAAGCAGCCAGGAGGGACGUAUUCAAGACGGGUCACGCAAAGCAGCUCCAGCGAAAACACCGUCUCCCGUUCCCAAGGGCAAUAGCUCCCAGGAAACCCUGUUUCAAUCGCAAGGGAGCUCAGAAGGGCGUCAGCCUAGUGCGAAAGCGCUUGGAAAGCGACCAGAAGCAAUCUCCGCGGCUUUGGGGAAACAACCCCCCACACAGAAGAGUCUCCAUCUGGGCGCUUACGACGGUUCAAUAGGAACGCAGCCAUCACCACCACGGUCGGUACCACAGUCCAUGCAACCUACCACGAGCUCCACCUCAGCAGACCCGACUGAGCCAACCCGAAGGAGGAGCGCGCAAGACGUGAGCCCGCGGUCACACAAAGAACGGACUGGCUCAGCCAGUUCCAAUACAGCACCAGAGAUGGCUCGAUCGAGGUCAAAUAACGAGUCAAAGCGGAUGAGUUCUAGUAGCCUCAAGUCCUCGAGCGUCGUGGGGCUGUCAAAUAUCGCUGUUGCUGGUGGAUUCGACUUUGAAACCCCCAAGGCGCGCCCUUCUGACGACGACUUACCGCCCCUUGGGGCAGCCAAGCCCGAACCCCCCACCCCCGCUGGGGCGAUCCAAGUCGCAGUUGACGCUCGUUCUGGAGCGAGAAAGAGCGAGGGCCAGCGACAGGACGAGGGCGGGAAGUACCAGCUCGCGCAAAAGUGA